UAAAUCAUGCCAAACGACCGGGUGGCUCCAUUGCCUCCAAACUUUGUAUACUCUCCACAUGACAAAUUCUACUAUGCCCCUGCCACGUGUAAUUCAAUGCAUUAUACAACUGCCUCGUACAUUUCUGCAUUUAUUGAAUUCCUUGUUAUGGGAACUGGAGCUAUUUGUUUUUACGUAAUGAGCCACAAAUCGGAUUCAAUUGGAAAAUGGUUGUUUUAUAUUCAAGCUGGUAUUACGGUACUUUCUCUUUUAACAAGUGCUCUAAUGGCAUUUGGACUUUGGAAAGAAAAUCCACAGAUGCUAGGAUCAAAAUUGAAAUUUAUUGAAUUUAUAAUCUGUUUCCUCCUGAUCUGGGCGGUCAUUUCUAUUGUUUGCAUGGCCUUUGGAAUUCAAUUCACAAGACAAGUCUUUGGAAUAUUUGGAAAAGUUCAUCGAAUUGAACAAGAUUACGGACCAAUUUGGCCAUUCAACAUUGCUGUUGUUUCUUUCUUCACUGCUGCAAUUGCUAUUUGGACAAGAAUCAUCAUUCAAGGAGCUGCUGAUUAUCUCUACGAUAAAGCUUACUUCGCAGACAAGCAGAACGUCGAACUCAGAGAGUCAUCCAAAACCAGAUAGAUUUCUGAUUGUACAUUGUUUUUAAUCGAAUUUCUUAAAUUAUUUUCAUUAUAAUUUCUCUACCAUCAAAGUUUUACUGAUAAACGGUUCGAAAUUU